AUGCCGGAUCCUCUUGUACCUCCGUUUGUAUUCGCCAGAUCCAAUCCAUAUUACAUGUUGAAUUCGAAGCAAAUGAAGAGGCAUCGGCGGAAUCUGAAACGAGAUGAGCGGAGAAAGCGUGAGACCCUUGCCGUGUAUAGCGACGUUCUUGCGGCCUAUGGCGAUGCUCUUCACGUUGCCCAUCGUAACACUCCCGGUGCUGGACUUGACGGCCUUCUCUCUGUUUGGAACAAGGUUCUUCAAACCUGGAAUGCUGUUGCUGGACAGGUGGAGAGUGGCAGGUUCAGAGAGAUUGACAAUGACGAAUUGCAUGAAAAUGCCGACCUGACCAUCGAACCUCGUGACAACGAGAAUGGCGAGUUUAAUUUCAAUUUCAAUGAAAACUUGAACGGCAAUGCUGAAGAGAACGACGAUAUCAACAUCAACAACAAGGAAAAUGCCAUCAUCAGGGAAAGAGAGGAAGAUAUGUCACCCGCCAAAUCGAACAAAAAAGACGUGCAGCAUUAUAACAUCUCUGUUCUGAACUGGCUCAGGGAGACAGAACAAGCUGCAAGGCCUGCAAGACAGGCAAAAGUCGAGAAGUAUCUGGCAGGAGAGGUCUGA